CGCAGGCGAUGGGCUUUCACGGAGGCAGGAAACAGACCUGUUUUCUCCUGUGUGUACGUGUGGAGAACGAGUCCUAGAAGGCCACUGUAACAUUUGCGUGUAUUCACCAAAGUCAUGUAACUGUUCUUUUUACUGCAGGAUAUUCUCGGUUUUAGUCGAGCUUUGUUUUAUUGAUCCUUGUAUGCACGUGGUGCUGCCAAUAAUCCUCGAUAAGAUAUCUGAAGAUAUUUAAAAUACUAACAACCCAAAGAUCUGAAAAUGUCAGAAGCUAUGCAGGAGAAACUGAAGAACUACAGAACAGCUCCAUUCGAUGCCCGCUUCCCCAACACCAAUCAGACCAAACACUGCUAUGAGAAUUACUUGGAUUAUCACCGCUGCAAUAAGGCAAUGAGUGCAAAGGGCCAGGAAGUCACUCCUUGCCAGUGGUAUCGUCGGGUCUACAAGAGCCUGUGCCCAGUGUCUUGGGUGUCAAAGUGGGAUGAGCAGGUUGAGAAUGGCAGUUUCCCUGGAAAGGUGUGACUCUCUUUCACACUGGAUCGUGAACACUGGCCGUCUCCGAGAAUAAACUGAAGCCUUUCAGUUUUCAUGGCCCAGACACAAUCAAGUCUCCCGCUGCGCUGUUCACAGCUAACAGUGCUCGCCUCUUUAUGCACUUCAGGUGCCGCACCAAAGGACUCCAAUUCUGGUUGGCGAGGUGGAAAUCAACACACCGCUUAUUGUGUUUUAGCUGUUCUGCCUUAUGAUGUUCAUCAUAAAAUGUCUGAAUGUGGCUGAAGGUCAGUUUCACUGAACAGAGAAUAAAUAUAAAUGUUAGAAUUUG